AAAUCCAAGUACGUUCUCUCCGUCCCCCAAUUUCCUUGUCCCUUCCCUUCCCUUCCUUCUCCAUCGUCACCAAUCAUCGCCUUCCACCCCCUUACGAAAAUCGCAAGGGAGAAUUCGAAGGUCAAGACGGCGAAGAAGAGGCAAAUCUCUCGGCUCCUCCCGCUCUCCCUCCCUCUCCCUCUCCCUCCCCCUCUCCCUGGGUAGAUAAGGAUUCCCCCCGAUUCCGCGUCCCUCGAGCUGAUCGCGCGCGUGCGCCUCGGCUCUUUUUCCUCGCGACUUCGAUUCGGUGGCCGCCCCGUCCCUCUCUGAUUUCGCGUUUCCUGAGGUAACUCAAAUGUUAUCCAAAAACGGGACCGUUGGAAGUGGUCUUUCAUCCGCUUCUGGAUGUACGAGUGAUAUCUGCUUUUCUUCCCCUCAGCAACAUGAAAGACAUGGACAAUAUUCUCCAUUCAUUUCUUCAACAUCCAUGAUUAGAACAUCCACACCACCCGUAGGUUUUCCCCGAACAGAAGUACAAGUUACUGCAUUGACUGAUAUUCCAAAAGAAAUCAAAGAUGUUCCCUGGGAUCCAAAUCAGCUUCAGGAUUUUCUCUAUUCAGAAAAUGUCCCGAGCCAGAAUGUUCAGUUAGGGAGCAGGGCGGCUGUCAUGGGUUGUGACAACCAAUCUGCAGGAAGUGAUUUGAUAUGGACUGAAAACUUUGGUGAGGCUAUGGAUCUAGAUUGGAGCAAAUUUCUUGCUGAUGAUGAUGCGAUUGACCCAUCAAAGCCGCCCCUUGCUGUUCAAGGUCAGUCUUUACCUCCUGCAGAAUCUUCUGCUGCCGCUAAUCAAUUGUCAAGUGCACCCUCAAGCAAGGCUCGAAUGCGUUGGACACCAGACCUUCAUGAAGCUUUUGUGGAGGCUGUUAAUCAGCUUGGCGGUGGUGACCGCGCCACUCCCAAAGGUGUUCUGAAGCUGAUGAAUGUAGAAAGCCUAACAAUCUAUCAUGUGAAAAGCCACUUACAGAAAUACAGAACAGCUCGAUAUAAACCGGAUUCAGCAGAGAGUGAAGGAUCUUCAGAGAAGAAGUUGAGUUCGCUGGAAGACAUGAAGUCUCUGGACUUGAAGACGACUAUGAACAUCACUGAAGCGCUGAGAAUGCAGAUGGAAGUUCAGAAGCAGCUCCAUGAACAACUUGAGAUUCAGAGAAAGCUGCAAUUGAGGAUUGAAGAACAAGGAAGGUGCUUACAAAUGUUGUUUGAGAAACAAAGGAACCAAACAGAAGCAACCGAGCAACCUCAGGCUGAAAAAGGACUUGAAACGACAAACCCCAGCUCUUCGCCAGGCGAAAGUUCUCUAAACAUGAACAAAAGGCAGAAGGUUUCAGAAGCAAGGACUACUGAUGAUGACAAUCCAGAUGAGGGCGAGAUAGGUCUUCCAUCUCCGAAACGAGUGAGGGGCCAUGAACCCUAAGCUGGAGCAGCAUCCUUUCAAGGUCUUGAAGAAUGGAGAAAGAGAAGGAUAUUAAAGAAGGAAGAUCUCAUGCUGCCUCUGAAGAUGACGUAGCAAAUGACGACCGCAUGACAAAGGAUUUCUUUGACUGAAACUAGGAGAUUUUGGAACUCCGCUCAUCUAAUUUAUCUGUGGAUUCGUAUUAGAUGGAUUUAGUGUUUAAGUCGAUAAAAGCCUCAGACUUUCGAACUAUCCAGACUUGGGAAAUAAAUUUGCAUUGAUAAACUGUAGAUAUAGAAGGUUUAGCUGCAAAAGGCGGGCAGCAAGAAAUAAUGCUCGAACUCACGAGGGACGACGCUUUUACUAAGCUGCUGUGAUUUCUGUCUUUCUAAUUUGUACGAAAGAAGUGUACUGACUGUAUAAUCGCGGGGGAAAACAUUGUACAAAUUCCUCUGCGGGCGUCAUUGGCUUGACAUGUAGAUAAGUCUGUGUGACCUGACGUUGCCUCGUUUCAAGAUUUACUUUGCAUAGAUGGACUAUA